CAUUGUCGCUACAACAAAGAUUAGUUAACCAAUGAUAUUCGAUUUAUCGUGCGGAUAUUAAUUAUUAACACCGGUUAAUAUCCUGCGGGCACUUCAACGAAGCAAUCUUCUUGGCAACUGUCUCUCAUGCAACCGGACAAAAUUUUGAAAAAAUAGAGUUCCUUGACUUGAAAAAGAGUCGCAGAAAUGGGCUGGUUCUUGAGCCCGACGUUUCUGCUAAUUCUUGUUUGUGUCUAUGACGCCUGGGUGUUUUCCUUACAAAAUUGUAAAGACGGAGAGAUGUUCUGUAAAGUUAUUCGCGGAUGUACAACUAAAAAAAAAUGCGACGUAGCAUUGGCAGAUUUAGAACAAAAGAAAAAGGAUUGUGUAGCGAAAAGUCUGAUAUUUUGUGAAGCAUUGAAAAAUUGUACAACAGCUGAGAAAUGCGCGGAGGGGGUUCCAACGUCACAACGACCAAGUCAACCACGUCAUAAUCAGUGUCAAAAUGGAGAGAUGUUUUGCAAGGCAACUGGAGGAUGUACAACUCAGGAGAAAUGUUUUGGCCCAACUCUUCGUCCGUCUGGAACACCUCCGAGCUGUGAAACCGGCCAAAUCUUCUGUCCCAUGAAUAAAUCUUGUACUUCGAAAGAGAUGUGCGAUAAAGCUUGUCCAGAUGGCCAGAUGUUCUGUAAAGUUAUUCGCGGUUGUACAACUAAACAAAAAUGCGACGCAGCAUUGGCAGAUUUGGAACAAAAGAAAAAGGAUUGUGAAAAGAAAAGUCUCAUCUAUUGCCCUCUCUACAAAAAUUGUUCAGCCCCAAAGAAUUGUCGAGAAGGCUCUUGGGACGAUAUACAUCCUUAUUGUGGAGAUGACCAGAUCUUCUGUCCUAUGAAUAAAUCUUGUACUACGAAAGAGAUGUGCGAUAAAGCUUGUCCAGAUGGCCAGAUAUUUUGCAAAGUUAUUCGCGGAUGUACAACUAAACAAAAAUGCGACGCAGAAUUGGCAGAUUUGGAACAAAAGAAAAAGGAUUGUGAAAAGAAAAGUCUCAUCUAUUGCCCCCUCUACAAAAAUUGUUCAGCCCCAAAGAAUUGUCGAGAAGGCUCUUGGGACGAUAUACGUCCUUAUUGUGGAGAUGACCAGAUCUUCUGUCCCAUGAAUAAAUCUUGUACUACGAAAGAGAUGUGCGAUAAAGCUUGUCCAGAUGGCCAGAUAUUUUGCAAAGUUAUUCGCGGUUGUACAACUAAACAAAAAUGCGACGCAGCAUUGGCAGAUUUAGAACAAAAGAAAAAGGAUUGUGAAAAGAAAAAUCUCAUCUAUUGCCUCCUCUACAAAAAUUGUUCAGCCCCAAAGAAUUGUCGAGAAGUCCCUUGGUACGAUAUACGUCCUGAUUGUGGAGAUGACCAGAAAAGAUGCAAAGACAAAUGUAUUGAGAUAAAAGAAAAAUGUGAUUGUGGGGAGAAUAUGACUUAUUGUGAUUCAAAAGAAAGAUGUAUGCCAAAAUGGAAGUUGAAAGACAGAUUUGAAUGUCCACCUGUGUGUCGUGGGAAAGCGGAGCGUUACUGUCCGUUCUCAGAAAAAUGUAUUGGAAGAGACGAGUUAUGCAAAUGUCCAGACGACAAACCAGUCGCUUGUGGAGUACUGAAAACAUGCAUUAAUAGCACAGAAACAUGCCCUUGUCCUAAAGACCACACCUUCUGUAAAAAUAUCUGGGGAUGUUUACCAAAGGGAGAGAAAUGUCCUUUAUGUGAGAAAGGAGAGAAAUACUGUCUUUUCCGUGAUCGUUGUAUUUCUGGUGAAAAAGAUUGUGGAUGCCCGGCAGACACUAAAUUCUGUCCAUUUCGACGCGAUCCUAAGAUGCCAGCUUGCGCAAACAUUACCGUUGAUGAAGACGCAUGUGACUGUUCGGAUACCAAGAAAAAAUGUUUGACUCAAAUGCGAUGUAUUGACAAAGACGAGACAUGCGCGUGUCCAGAAGGUCAAGAAUAUUGUCCAAGGAAUGGAGAAUGUGCAGCUGGAGGUUGCCGCAAAGAUGAUUGUUCUGAAGAUGAGAUAUUUUGCAAGGCGACUGGAGAAUGUACAACGCGGGAGAAAUGUCCUGGUCCUCCAACCCUUCGUCCGUCUGGACCACCCCCGAACUGUAAAAAAGGCGAAAUAUUUUGCAAAGCAUUAAGAGUUUGUACAACAGCUAAGAAAUGCGCAAAUGAAGGUCCGUUAACACGUCAACCCAGUUUAUCGAGUGAUCCGUGUCCAAAAGGAGAGGCGUCUUGCGUGCCAAAAUCUUCAAAACGUCCCCCGAUCUCUAAGAAACCUCUCCCGAUCUCUAGAAAACCUCUCCCGAUCUCUAUAAAACCUCUCCCGAUCUCUAGAAAACCUCUCCCGAUCUCUAUAAAACCUCUCCCGAUCUCUGAAAAACCUCUUCCGAUCUCUAAAAAACCUCCCAAAGACAAAAAUAAUUACUUCUUUCUUGGUACCAUACAUGGCAACAUUGCUGAAGAGCAUAAUCGUGGUUUUGUCCUUGGAGAGCGUCUGAAAUUUAAGGAGGCUUUAUUUGAAGGAACACUAGGUAAUGUCGAUGGUCGUUGGCAGAUGAAGAAGAGUACCGUAGGAAGUCGUGCAAAAGCAACCUGGAGUUCUGUUAAGAAAGGAGUCAAGAUCUCUCUAAGAGACAGCAUCAGGUUUCUUCCGGCCAACUUUUCAGUUCAUGGUUUUGAAGGUGUGGAAGUGAAAAUUAACGAUCAAUCAAAAUACUUUGGUAUAAUAAUCCUCCCCUGCAUUGUUCCAAAACUUCAAGUGAAGAAAGAAUUAUCAGCGACGGAGGAAGAGCUUUUGAAAUUCAAUUUUGAUGAUGUUUUUUCUGUCACUCGAAAGCCACUCAAAAAUCUUGUAUCAAACCUUGUUGAUGAAUACAACGAGUUUGUGCCUAAUAAAACACUUGAUGAAUACGCCAAGAUGUUGAAAGCUUCCUCUGUUGGCUCAAACCUCGGCAUUAUGGUCAUGUUGAAUAGUAAACAUAUGUUAAUGGAACAGAAAGAGGAACUUGAUAAAGACGGGUUUUCUGAUAAACGACUACUACCAAUAUUUCCAAAGAGAUUUGAUGUUGGAAGUAAGCUGGCGUUUCGACCUGCAAAAGAUGAAACUGGUAUAGUCAAAAUCAUUGUCUUCCCUGUUGAUUUACCGCCAGAGAGCAAAGAAUUCAAAAAUUCUUGUGGUGUUGGAAAAGGAGUGGAGCUUAUUAUCAACAUUGCCAAUGUGAAUGACAGACCAAUGCCUCGUCCCAUCGAUCCUAGAAACCCAAAGAAACUAAGGAUUAUUGUUGAUGCACCCCCCCUGCCUCAUAAACUGGAAAACGAUUUGGCAAAUGAAGGAUUUCCGGUUGGAAAAUUCGCAGGGAAAGCUGGCACUGACGCAGACGGUGAUAGCCUCGGGAUUGCUGUGGUGAAGGGAGGAAGAUCUGAAAUCGGACAAUGGCAAUAUCGUGAUAAAAAUGACGUUUGGCAGAACAUUCAGAUGGCUGUAAAUGUUAACAAUAAAGGAACAAUUGAAGGCGACCAAGCAGAACUGCUUUUUUUGACACCUGCUCGAAAGAUAAGAUUUAAACCAGCAAAAAACAAUUCAGUUUGGCGCGAACGUGAAGCAUUGAGGACUAUGUUACGUUUUCUUUUGUGGGAUCAAUCUGACGGUUUGGAAUCUGGACUUCAUAACAUCUCUUGGAAAGGAAGCAGUUCUCUCAGUUCUCAACUCUUAACUACAUUUAUGAAGAUAAAAGGCUGUGACGGUCGUCCCGGUUCUGGUUUGACUGAGAAUGAAUGUGGUGAAUGUGGGAAGAAAACUUGUGUGAAAUGUGAUGGUCGUACCGACUCUGAUGCGGUUUGGAACGAAUGUAAAAUAUGUGUGCUUGGUAGCACAGGCAAAAAUAUAUCUGCUGGGAAAGAUUGCCGAGGAAUUUGUAAGGGAUCCUUCAUCAUGCAUAAAAAAUGCAAGAAAUGUGUAUCCAAAGGAAAGCAGGUAACUGAUUGCAGUGGAACGUGUCUUGGCACAAAGAGAAUGCAACGUUGUAAAGUAUGUUCACAUGACAAGAAGGCGGGUGAAGAUGCCUGUGGCGUGUGUGGGGGAGAUAAUUCAACAUGUGUUGGAUGUGAUAAUGUGCCUAAUAGUAAGAAAAAAUGGGAUAGAUGCAAUAAUUGCUUGGAUCCAGAAUCACCACAGUUUAACAAAGGUUGUAUUAAGUUGGGAGCAAUUUCACCAAAAUCUCAUGAAACUGGCAAAAAGAUAGUUUACAAAAUUAAAGCAAGUGGUUUCUCAGAAAGUGGCGCAACUUGUGAGCUCCGUCUUGGCGACGUCCGCGUUCCAUUACAAGUAUCGGUGAAAUCUUUGCAACUAACAGCUGAAAAAGUUGAUAAACCUGGAGUUUAUGACCUAGUAUGUACGAUCUCUGGGAAGGAAUAUGCUUUGCAGAAAGCAGUCACUGUUCUUCGUGAAAAAAUCAUUGUCUCCAGGGUUGAUCCAAGAGAAGUCGACGUUGAUAGUGAGGAAAUUAAACAAGUUACAAUAACUGGACAGGGUUUUAUGGAUUCUCAGGCACUUUCUUGUAUAUACAGCGAUGGUUCUGGCCGAAAACACGAGUCACUUCCAGCAAUAUUUGUCAGUCCUACUGAAUGCAAAUGUAAUGUUAGCAGAAAACAAAGCCGAAAAAUUAAAAUUUCUAUCACAUUUGACCGAAACGAAGGUAUUUCGAAGUCUUACGUGGAAGUUAUAGUGCAAGACGAAGCCGUAAAUAUCAUGAGGUACACACUAAACAAUCGAGCCAAGACGAUUUCUAUAAUCUUUGAAAGAGAAGUGAAAAAUAUCCGUGGAUGUGAGAAAAUCUUUAAUGAAGCUACGAUGAAAAAGCUAAAAGAUUUGGCAGGGAAGCGGAAAAUUUCUUGUAAUUUCAAGAAAGCAAACGAGCUGUAUAUUCGUAUACCUGGGGCUGCAAUUGAUGAAGACCUUCGACUCGUUUUCAAAAAUGACGUCAUCAAGGCGGGAAAGGGAUUCAGCCGACCUUCAGGGGAACUCACUGUCACUGUUAAAGCUCCACCGAAAGAGAUCCCGACUGCAGUUAUAACAGGCCCGGAAGAAGUUGGCUCAAGUCAUGGGAUUAGAAUCACUGCCAAAAACUCGAAAAACACCGGCAAACGUUAUAAUUGCAGUUGGCAGUUCAGUAUUGAAGGAGUUGAUGAUGAAAGUAGCUUGAGCAGUGAGGUUAAAGCCGACUUGCGUUCGCUCCGAGUUCUAUUUAAAGAUCGAUGUAUGUUCAAGAUUUCAAAGACCAACGUUCUUGCAGGGUAUACGUAUGUAUUGACACUUGUUGUGUCAAACGGACAAGUCUCAAGUCCUGAGGCACAACAUAGCAUACGACGUUCAAACAAGGAAAUUCCUUCUGUAAGAUUUAUCACCAAAGCCACUGUUUUUGAUAUGAGACGAGCAAAGUUUCGCAUAAAGGUUGUAGCCAAAAUACCAGAGGGUAUUAAAGAUUCAAAACUACAAUACUCUUGGAGUUGUGAUCCUAUGGUCGAAUUAUUAAUUAGUAAUAAACCGGAACUAAUACUAUUAUCCAGGGAUUUGGAUUGCGGUGUACAAUACCGAUGUUCUAUUAGCGUUUAUCCUGACAGCAAUCCGGAUUUGCAAGUUGAAUUGACCUACAACAUCACAACGAAAGCUUCAGAUUUGGUGUACACAAUAAGAGGAGGUGACCGAACUGUUCCCUCUGGUGGUGAUUUCAAACUAAAAGCCAGAAAAAUAAGUAAACCGGAAUGUGUUGGGAAAUUGAGAUACAUUUUCUCAUGUGUUGAUGACGAUGACAUGCCGUGUCUGGUGAAAACCAAGGAUGGAAAAUAUGAAUUAAUGAAUGACACUGAUCGUGAUACUCUUAACAUGAAGGCAAACCUAUUUGAAUCAAACAAAACCUACACCUUCAAGCUUGCCGUCUUCGGAGGAACUUAUAAAAGUGAGUCAUCAGUAAAAGUCACAAUUGCUCCGGGAACUCCACCCACAGUUACGAUUAAAAAACCCAAGGAUGGAAAAAAGCCUAUCGUCAUUGUUUUUAUCAAGUCGUCUUCAAAUUCACCAAUAUCGUUCAACUGUGAAGGUGUUGUUGAGUCAGGAUAUGGCUUCAUUGAUUUCCAAGACAAGAGCAAAGUUCGAGGAAAUUCACGCGGGGAGAAUAUGGUUUUUAGACGACGAAGAUUGAAAUUGGCAUUGAAAGACUUAGCACCUGGUGUGACGUAUAAAAUAAGAUGUCGCGCAUAUCACAUUGACGCCCCUGAUGAAGUUGGAGAGAGCACGUCAUUGAUUGAUACUCCCAGUCCACCUCAGGGAGGCUUACUGACAGCCGAACCUGCUGAGGGUAUUUCUUCAGAAACAUCAUUCAGUAUUGUUGCAGAAGAAUUCAUUAGCAAUUCAUCCAUUUCCUACAGUUUUUACACCGAAAACAAAAAAGGAGAACGUAUGUUGCUCGUAUCAAACACCGAAGCUUCAGUAGAGUUUCAAAUGCCACCAGGAGAAGAUAAUGAUGAUUAUGAUCUUAUUAUUGUUGUUGUUGCCUCAAACGAGUUUGGAAAAUCUGAGUCUAGAACCAAUAUUAAAAGCCGUCCUAAACAACUUAACACGAGCGAUUUCGAGAGUUUUGAGGAGACGAUGACGAACUACGAGAACGAGGGCGACAAGACAGCUCUUGUCGUGUUUGCCCUUAGUGUUGCAUCCACUGCUAAAGGUCAAGAAAAAGUUAAAGACAAAGUGAAUGAACUUCAAGAAAACACUGCGCAAGUGCUGGUCGUUCUUUUGGCUGAAAAACGCAAAGAAGGGACCGCGGAUGUAAAAGUCCUGUUUGCCCUCGCCAGAAAUACCAAACCUCAAAACGAAGACACAAAAAAAGCUUUGGCGGAUGAAGUGAGUGGUGCCGUCGAGGAGACAGUCUCUAAAACAGUGAAACGCCGAGAUGAUUUUGAGAAGACUGGUGGCAAGUCGCGACGAAGACGUGCCGUUGAAGAAGAGAGUGGUGAUGAUGACGAUGACGAUGCAGGAAUGUCCAUUGAUGAGAUCGAAGACACUUUAGCAACAUUUGAGAAUCUCAUUGAUACAUCAGUUGUAAACAACAACACUGAAAACUUUUUACAAUCAGUUGAUAGUCUCUUGAUUAACAUGUGUAAAGAUCUGCCUUUGGGAGACACGUCUGUGGCGUUGUCGAAUAUUGCCAUCCUCAAGACCGAUAUGAAUUACUUGGAUAAUGCAGACGGAACAUUCAUAAAUAUGUCGUGUACCAACUGCUCAAUGUUAAACCAAAGCGCACUUGUUAAGUUUGGCAGUGAGAUAAAACAGAUGUACAACGAAUGGAACUGUUCUGGAACGGAUGAACUCUGCAAUGGUCUGUGUGCAGCGAUGGUCCAGUACCCUCAUGAUUUCAUCACGGCUGUAAAAUCUCCUGUGCGAAUGAGUGAUGUCUUGUUUCUUGAGUUGAAGAACCCGGAGACCCAGGACUUUAUUCCAGUCAAUAUCUCGCAACCCAUUCUCUUCCAAGUACCAUUGCACGCUGGGUUUUCUGAAAGCAGCGGACACAAGUGUGUGAUCUGGAGUGAGAGCGAAGAUCAGUGGUCAACAUCAGGAUGCCAAAGAACACGAUCUUUUACUAAAGAUGGCGUUGUCUUUGUUGAAUGCAGCUGCACAAAACUUGGUUAUAUCACAAUUCAUGAGAGUGACGAACAGUUUAUUACAACCACCAAAAAACCAACUACCCAACAACCUAAUACUACCCAGGCUCCAACAUCACAGCCAACUAACGGAAAUAGAGUGACAGCCGCUAAUGAACGCCGUGUUGCCAAAGUUGAGUUCAAAUUUGACGCAGAUUACAAGGUUGUUGUUCGGGAUGAUGAGACAAAACAAAAACUAUUGAACGUCAUUGAAGAUGAACUUGCUGAUACGAUGACGGUUGAUCGCUCCAUGAUCUUAAACGUUACCAUUACUCCUGGAAGUAUCCUGGUCAAAUUUAUUCUUUUGGCCCCUGAAAAAAAUCCUGACAUUGGUAUGAAUUAUUCUUUGACCAAACUUCAAUUCGCUGUCAACGAUGGAAAAUUUACAAUUUUCUUCAACAAUCAGCAACUGACAGCCGAGAAUGGAACAAUGAAGUAUGUUCGCACGACCAUGGCUGGCGUGACCCCGGAUGAGACGAGUGCUAAGACCAAGUCUGAAGAAGUUGAAAGUAAUUUGGUUGUCAUUCUUGUUGUUGUAUUUUGUGUACUUUUGAUCGUCGUCAUUAUUGGAGUUCUCCUCUUCCGACGUCAUCUUAGUCAGCAGACGAAGGUUUCACAUGGAAAUAUCCAACAAGACGUUGCCAUGACCGCUCAGAAUGAAAACUACCAGGGAUCUGUCGACAAGACUCCUGGGAACGCUGCACCACUGGAAGCACGCCUUUCUUCAGGGUCUUCAGGACAAGCCAGUCCUCGUCAAACAGCUGAGCUGCCUCAUGUGGAUUAACUCGCUGGCCUUGUAGUCCAAUCUUUUUCAUUAUUUUGCACAGUCUUAUCGUGCGCUAUGUAACAAACUAUAUAUAUAACCAUAAACUCUUUUUUAUUGCAUAUAUCCUUUUAAACGGAUGCAUGGCCGUUGAAAGCACCCACCUUUUUUGCAGGCGAAUUUUAUCGAAACUAUUUGCAGUUGUUUUAGAUUUUUACAAUGUCUUUUUAAAUUUUUUAUCCUAGCUGACAAGUUUCUGACGCAAGAUCUUUUUCUGAUCUCUAAAAUCUGUUCUUAUCCUCGUGGCCUCAUUGGCCUUGUAACUAUUGUUCUAAAACUGAAAAAGUACUAAAGGUUUACUUAACUUUCUUAUUUGUCAAAAACGCUACAUUUUUUCAGGAAAUAAUUUCAGUUUUAUGAUUCCCAAUUUUCAUCACUAUCACGUGGAACAUUUCAGGUAUGCGCAAAUAUUAAACAAACUAAACAAAAAAACUUUAAAGAAACAAAAACUAAACAAAAAAAACAAAGUAUGCUAUAAUAUAUGAUAGAAUUACUUUGCAUUGCAUGUGUGUCUAAUAUCUUUAUUGUAUGCAACCAUUUAACAUAUUAUAUAACCAUUUAG